AUGUCUGACGACAAUACCCGCCGCCACUGGCACGGAACCCCCGGCGACCGCCACGAGCACCUCAAUGUCUGGAUGAACGGCGGUGCCAAGAGUCCCACUGGUCGCGCUGCCUGGGCGAUGCCUAUUACGGAGACCAGAAGGGUAUGUCAUUUGCCUCUUUCGAUUUCUGCUCUCAUUCCCUUGGCACUACAUCACCACUUAACUACGUCAUUACCCACUCUACCUAUCCAUAUCCAUCUGUCUAUCUAUACCACAUCUCCCAAAUCAAACCUAACACCUAAAAUGAAGGACUCCAACACCUCAACCUCCUCGAACGGAAGCAAACGAAUCCAAGAAACCUUGCCUGACGCCCCAGGCAUAGGUGAGCGUCGCGGCAGCGCCGUCGACGGUGCCAACGGCCUAUUCUCCAACCUACAGACACAGAAGCGUGGAAAUUCGAAUGCGGACUUUGCUACCCGCCGCGCGAGCUGGAACGAACAGGCUGCUACGCGGGGCAUGUUCUCCAAGUGGUGGGAGGGAUACACCCGGGGCAGUGGUAGCAAGUAA